AUGAAUGGCAACAACAAGAACGGCGAGCAAUUGCAGCAAGAAUUGGCCACCACACAGGACCAGGUAGCUUCUAUUAUCGAGUCCUUUGUCGAAUUGGGUGUCUCCAUAUAUGAUUUCCCUGGUACUCCCGAAGCUACCAAGGGAAUGAUCACCAAUUUGCAAAGAAACGUAGACCGAUUGUACAAGUUGAAUGUGAGAAGUAACGACCCUCAGUCUGGUUUGUCUAAAGUGGACAUUCCCUUGGAGGUUGUUCAGUACAUUGAGGACGGACGAAAUCCAGAUAUAUACACGAGAGAGUUUGUCGAAGCUAUAAGAAGAUCAAACCAAUACCAGAGAGGCAAGAUGCACGGUUUGAAGCAAUUGAGAGAUUCGCUGGCUGAUAAGAUUGUGGAUGAGUUCCCAGAGUUACAAAAACCUGUCGAGGACAUCAUAAAAAGAACUUCACCCACUGACGAAAUUUCUAAUACUCAUUAA